GGCCCGGCCCCGCACGGCCCCGCUCGGCACGGGGGUUGCCAUGACAAGCAUUUUCUCCCGUUAGCUCCGGGACCGUUCCCCCUCCAUCCCAUGGCCAGCCGGGGGGGUUCCGCCGCCAGCCGGGCGCCGUGGGAGCUGAGCCGCUCCAGUUGCUGUGGUAUCCAGGGAGCCCUCCUCCUUCUGCAGGAGAUGCACGCUGGUCGUUGCUAAGGUCGCCUCCGCGGUAACAUGCACAUCCUGUUUACACCUCUAUCCGGAGAAGUUGGGCUCGGUUAGAGGCACCUGCUCCCCCCAGGGAAGGGGCCGCACGGAGCGUCCCCCCCAGCCGGACCCUCGAGGCAGCCGCGAGGCACCGGCACCGGCACCAUGACGAACAACGUGGCCGACCACCACCCCGGCAACUCGGUGGCCGAAGGCAACCAUGAGGGGGACUUCGGGUGCUCCAUGGUGGAGCUCAGGAACCUCAUGGAGCUGCGGAGCGCCGAGGCCGUGGCCCGGCUCAACGACUCCUACGGCGGCGUGCACAACGUCUGCAAGCGGCUGAAGACGUCGCCCGUCGAAGGCCUGUCCGGGAACCCGACCGACCUGGAGAAGAGGCGGCAGGUCUUCGGCCAGAAUUUCAUUCCUCCCAAAAAGGCCAAGACGUUCCUGCAGUUAGUGUGGGAGGCACUCCAGGACGUCACGCUGAUCAUCUUGGAAAUCGCAGCCAUAAUCUCCCUGGGCCUGUCCUUCUACCACCCCCCGGGUGGGGACAAUGAACUGUGCGGGCAGUCGACGGGCGGCGUGGAGGACGAGGGCGAGUCGCAGGCCGGCUGGAUCGAGGGGGCAGCCAUCCUGUUCUCCGUCAUCAUCGUGGUGCUGGUGACCGCCUUCAACGACUGGAGCAAGGAGAAGCAGUUCCGGGGCCUCCAGAGCCGCAUCGAGCAGGAGCAGAAGUUCACGGUCAUCCGCAAGGGGCAGGUGAUUCAGAUCCCGGUGGCCGAGAUCGUGGUGGGAGACAUCGCGCAGAUCAAGUACGGUGAUCUCUUGCCAGCGGAUGGGAUCCUGAUCCAGGGCAAUGACCUGAAAAUAGACGAGAGCUCGCUGACUGGGGAGUCAGACCAAGUCAAGAAAUCCAUGGACAAAGACCCCAUGCUGCUGUCAGGUACCCACGUGAUGGAGGGCUCUGGCAGGAUGGUGGUGACUGCCGUGGGUAUCAACUCCCAGACGGGAAUCAUCUUCACUCUCUUGGGUGCGGGAGAAGGAGACGAGGAGAAGAAAGUGAAGAAAGGUAAAAAAAGCGGAGCCCCCGAAAACCGCAACAAAGCUAAAACUCAGGAUGGUGUGGCCUUAGAAAUUCAGCCCCUGAAGAGCCAGGAAGGGGUGGAAAAUGAGGAGAAGGAGAAGAAGAAGGUGAAGGUGCCCAAGAAGGAGAAGUCUGUGCUGCAAGGGAAGCUCACGCGCCUGGCAGUGCAGAUCGGGAAGGCAGGGCUGAUCAUGUCAGCCAUCACCGUCAUCAUCCUGGUGCUGUACUUCGUGAUCGACACGUUCGGGGUGCAGAAGCGGCCCUGGCUGGCCGAGUGCACCCCCAUCUACAUCCAGUACUUCGUCAAGUUCUUCAUCAUUGGGGUCACCGUGCUGGUGGUGGCCGUGCCCGAGGGGCUCCCGCUGGCCGUCACCAUCUCCCUGGCCUACUCCGUGAAGAAAAUGAUGAAGGACAACAACCUGGUGAGGCACCUGGAUGCGUGUGAGACCAUGGGCAACGCCACCGCCAUCUGCUCAGACAAGACGGGCACUCUGACCAUGAACCGCAUGACCGUGGUGCAGGCCUACGUGGGGGACACCCACUACCGCCAGAUCCCUGACCCCGAAGCCAUCCUGCCCAAAAUCCUGGACCUCAUCGUCCACGGCGUCGCCAUCAACUCGGCCUACACGUCCAAGAUCCUGCCGCCCGAGAAGGAAGGGGGGCUGCCCCGGCAGGUGGGGAACAAGACGGAGUGUGCCCUGCUGGGCUUCGUGCUGGACCUCAAGCAGGAUUACCAGGCCGUGCGCAACGAGGUGCCCGAGGAGAAGCUCUACAAGGUCUACACCUUCAACUCCGUGCGCAAGUCCAUGAGCACCGUGCUGAAGAACAGCACCGGCGGCUUCCGCAUGUACAGCAAGGGGGCCUCCGAGAUCAUCCUGCGCAAGUGCACCAAGAUCCUGGACAAGAACGGCGACCCCCGGGUGUUCAAGGUGAAGGACCGGGACGAGAUGGUGAAGAAGGUGAUCGAGCCCAUGGCCUGCCACGGGCUGAGGACCAUCUGCCUGGCGUUCCGGGACUUCCCUGGGGACGCUGAGCCAGACUGGGACAGCGAGAAUGAGAUCCUGUCUGACCUGACCUGCAUCGCCGUGGUGGGCAUAGAGGACCCUGUGCGGCCAGAGGUGCCGGAUGCCAUCCAGAAGUGCCAGCGUGCGGGCAUCACCGUCCGGAUGGUGACAGGGGACAACAUCAACACUGCCCGUGCCAUCGCCACCAAGUGUGGCAUCCUGCUGCCAGGGGAGGACUUCCUGUGCCUGGAGGGGAAGGAGUUCAACCGGCUGAUCCGCAACGAGAAGGGAGAGGUGGAACAGGAGCAGCUGGACAAGAUCUGGCCCAAGCUGCGGGUGCUUGCCCGCUCCUCCCCCACUGACAAGCACACUCUGGUGAAAGGAAUUAUUGAUAGCACCGUUGGUGACCAGAGGCAGGUGGUGGCCGUGACCGGGGAUGGGACCAACGAUGGCCCAGCCUUGAAGAAAGCAGAUGUUGGGUUUGCCAUGGGCAUCGCAGGCACGGACGUGGCCAAGGAGGCCUCGGACAUCAUCCUCACCGACGACAACUUCACCAGCAUCGUCAAGGCCGUCAUGUGGGGCCGCAACGUCUACGACAGCAUCUCCAAGUUCCUGCAGUUCCAGCUGACUGUGAACGUCGUGGCCGUCAUCGUGGCCUUCACGGGCGCCUGCAUCACCCAGGACUCCCCCCUGAAGGCUGUCCAGAUGCUGUGGGUGAACCUGAUCAUGGACACCUUCGCCUCCUUAGCCCUGGCCACAGAGCCCCCCUCUGAGUCCCUGCUGCUGCGCAAGCCCUACGGCCGCAACAAGCCGCUCAUCUCCCGCACCAUGAUGAAGAACAUCCUGGGCCACGCCGUGUACCAGCUCACCAUCAUCUUCACACUGCUCUUUGCAGGGGAGAAGUUCUUUGACAUCGACAGUGGCCGGAACGCCCCCCUGCACUCGCCCCCCACCGAGCACUACACCAUCGUCUUCAACACCUUCGUCAUGAUGCAGCUCUUCAACGAGAUCAACGCCCGCAAGAUCCACGGCGAGAGGAACGUCUUCGAGUCCAUCUACCGCAACCCCAUCUUCUGCACCGUGGUGCUGGGCACCUUUGCAGCCCAGAUCAUCAUUGUGGAGUUUGGUGGGAAGCCCUUCAGCUGCUCUGGACUCACCCUGAGCCAGUGGUUCUGGUGUAUUUUCAUCGGAGUUGGGGAGCUCCUGUGGGGCCAGCUGAUCUGCACUGUCCCAACCAGCCACCUGAAGUUCCUGAAGGAAGCUGGACAUGGCAUCACCAAGGAGGAGAUCCCAGAGGAGGAGCUGCCCGAAGACGUGGAUGAGAUCGACCACGCGGAGAUGGAGCUGCGGCGUGGGCAGAUCCUGUGGUUCAGGGGUCUCAACAGGAUACAGACACAGAUGGACGUAGUUUACACAUUCCAGACCGGCGCCUCCUCUUUGCAGGGAGCCCUCAGGAGACAGCCUUCCAUCGUGAGCCAGCACCACGAUAUCAAAGUGGUGAAUGCGUUCCGUAGCUCCUUGUACGAAGGCCUCGAGAAACCCGAAUCCAGAAGCUCCAUCCAUAACUUCAUGACUCACCCAGAGUUCAUCCUGGAGGAAGACGAGCCUCGAACACCAUUCCUUGACGGCGCUGAAGACGACCCCGAGACUGACGGACUCCUGAAGCGCGGUGGGGGGAGCCUGGGUGGGCCUCCAGCCCUGAACAGAAAUAACAAUGCAGUGGACAGCGAUCGAGCUGAGCUCUCCGUCCCGGAGCCCGAGAGCCCCUUCCACAGCCUGGAGACAUCGGUUUGACCUUAGAACUUGGAACCCCCCCCCUCCUCCUCCUCCUCCUUCUCCUCCUCCUCCUGCACCUCGGCCCCUCGCCCGGUGUGACGUUGGCACCAGUAACUGCUCACACCUCGUGUCAAACUGCUCAUACGUAUAUCAUUGGGGUGGUUUUUUGUUUUUUUUUUUUCCGGGGGGUUUGUUUGUUUUUCUUUGUUUUGUUUUGUUUUUUUACCAUGAGUUAGCAGUGGGAACCAGGGUACCACGAUGCUGGGUGUUGGGAGAGAGGCGAAGCCAAACAACUGUGCCAUCUCCAUCCCUCGUUUUCCGUGGUACUCACCCAGGUGAAGCAGCCAGGUUCUUUCCUCUCCAAGAGUUGGGCUCCAGGCGUCUUGUCUGUUGGGGGGGGGGGGUUCACUUUGCAAAAUGCAUGAUCAAAGGAAAUUCAAGUUGGUGUAGUCUUACAUGCCCACCCUCAGCCCGAGGGCUGGGCUGCACUUGUGACUUUUAUUUUAUUUUUCUUUUUCCACUUGUGGUUUUUAGGGUUUUCUUCUAACGUUGGGGUUUGUUCUUUGCUCGUGGGAUUUGCCCCCCAGGAACUCUGCAGUGGGAAGUGGGGGCAGUCGGCACUCUAGUGCUAAAACUAAGAAAUAAACAACCAAACCCAGCCAGGGGAAGGUGUUUACUUACAGGUUGAGAGAUACAGGGAUGUGCACCAGUCUUCCACCUUGAAAAAUGGUACCUGACCUUUCCAGCUCCUCCUCCGUGUGUCCACACACACUUUUCUCUCUCUGUUUCCAAAUUGGUAGAUGAGGAAUGAAGGUGACUUGGCUGUGACUUUGCUGGAUGGAAAAGAUUCUGAUUUUUCUACAAAGGUGGAGGUGAACUGGCAGUGAAAAAGUGGUGGG